GUCGGCAACGGAUAGACGAUAAGCCUUUGGCAACCGGCUGGUCCCCUACCCCACUCCGCCUUUAAAAACUGGAGCUGCUGCUUCGUUUAGCUACCUUGUCCAUUAGCCUUGUUAGCUGCUGCUGCGUCUACUUAGCCUUGUGCCGCCGCCUGCUCCCAUUGCUGUGCAAGCUUAGGCUCGCUCUAGCUCUUGACUUCUAGUGCAAAGGAGAGGCUAGCUUCCGAGUUUCCAACAAUGGCCGGGGUUGGGAGGAACAUGGUGGCGCCGCUGAUGGUGCUCAACCUGAUCAUGUACCUCGUCGUCAUCGGCUUCGCGAGCUGGAACCUCAACCACUUCAUCAACGGCCAGACCAACUACCCGGGCGUGGCCGGCAACGGCGCGACGUUCUACUUCCUGGUGUUCGCGAUCCUGGCCGGCGUGGUGGGCGCCGCGUCCAAGCUCGCCGGCGUGCACCACGUCCGCGCCUGGAGCCACGACAGCCUCGCCACCAACGCCGCCUCCUCGCUCAUCGCGUGGGCCAUCACCGCGCUUGCAUUCGGGCUGGCGUGCAAGGAGAUCCACAUCGGGGGCCACCGCGGGUGGCGCCUCCGCGUGCUGGAGGCCUUCGUCAUCAUCCUCGCCUUCACGCAGCUGCUCUACGUGCUCAUGCUCCACACCGGACUCUUCGGCGGCAGCGGCGGCUACCGGGACCACGACUACGGCGCCGGCGCUGCCACGGCCGGCGAGCCCAAGAACGCCCCCAGGGUCUGAUGUGAUCUCGCAGCUGUUCCGGCCGGACGCUGCCUAGUACCUGAUGAAGCGUUCGGUCACGCUGCACGAGUAGCGUAACGCUGCAAUAGUACUUUAUAAUGGGUUGUGUGUUGACGUGUGUGUACCUAGUCGGUCGUCUGAUCAUCUCUACUGUUUAGCAGUAAGGUCAUCAGCUCAUCUCUGGAUUGUGCAUGUAUGUCAGUGUCAAAUGUAUCUUGUGGGCCGCCAGUUUCAGCCGGUCAUCAGUGACAUUGGUGAGAUGAGAUUUGUGUUGUUUGGCUCAAUCAAUCUGUCCUUUUUAAGA